AUGAGGAGUUUCCCAUUGGAUUACAGAAUCCUGCUGGGUACUGUUAAGUUGAAGGAAACUGAGGCAACUAGAGAUACAGAUGCUGAGUGCAGUGAAAGCUCUGCGAACCUCGAGCAGAAUCUGGAGCCCAAUGACCUGACUCUAAAAAUUUACAGAGCAGAAUCCUAUGCUGGCCUCCAGGAGUUUAAGGCAGCCAUAGAAGACUUAAAUGGGGUUCUCUUUCAACUUCCAAAUUGGCCUGAGGUCUACUUCAGGAAAGGGAAAAUACUCCAGGAUGCUGGCUUUUUAGGUGAUGCCUUACAACUCUUUCUUCAGUGCUUAGCCCUUGAUGAAGAUUUUGCACCUGCAAAGCUACAAGUGGAAAAGAUUUUAUGUGAUUUAUUAUUACCUGAAAACUUAAAAGAAGGCCUGAAAGAAUCUUCCUGGAGUUCUUUAUCAUGGAUUAAAAACAGACCUCCUAAUUUUUCUUCAGUAAUUCAAGCAUCUCACUCUCCUAGUGAUAUUAGUUUAAAACAGAAUGAAGAACCAGAGGAUCCUUCAGAGACUGUCAAAGGAAGCUUAAAUCGUACUCAGUCCGUACAGGCUAUAAAUUUAACAGAAAUGCCUGUUAGAGGGGAUGGUUUAAAAAGGGUGUCCUCAGAACCUUUACUUUCUGCCCAGGAAAAAGGUGUGCUACUGAAAAGGAAGUUGUCUCUCUUAGAACAGGAUGUGAUAAUAAAUGAAGAUGGAAAAAAUAAGCUCAAAAAACAAGGAGAAGCUCCCAAUGAAGUCUGUAUGUUUGCAUUAGCUUAUAGUGACAUCCCUGAAGAAUUAAUAGAUGCCUCAGAUUUUGAGUGCUCUCUCUGCAUGAGGUUGUUUUUUGAGCCAGUAACAACCCCUUGUGGACAUUCAUUCUGUAAGAAUUGUCUUGAGCGAUGUUUAGAUCAUGCACCAUAUUGUCCACUUUGUAAAGAAAGCUUAAAAGAGUAUCUAGCAGAUAGGAGGUACUGUGUCACACAACUGUUGGAAGAAUUAAUAGUGAAGUAUCUGCCUGAUGAACUGUCUGAGAGAAAAAAAAUAUAUGAUGAAGAAACUGCUGAACUCUCACACUUGACCAAGAAUGUUCCAAUAUUUGUUUGUACUAUGGCCUACCCCACUGUGCCUUGCCCUCUUCAUGUAUUUGAGCCAAGAUACAGGUUGAUGAUUCGAAGAAGUAUACAGACUGGAACCAAGCAAUUUGGGAUGUGUGUCAGUGAUACACAAAAUGGUUUUGCAGAUUAUGGAUGCAUGUUACAAAUUAGAAAUGUUCAUUUCCUUCCUGAUGGAAGGUCAGUGGUUGAUACAGUUGGAGGAAAGCGUUUUAGAGUUUUAAAAAGAGGAAUGAAAGAUGGAUAUUGCACUGCAGACAUUGAGUAUCUGGAAGAUGUUAAGGUUGAGAAUGGAGAUGAGAUAAAGACCCUCCGUGAGCUUCAUGAUUUGGUGUACUUUCAAGCCUGCAGCUGGUUUCAGAAUUUAAGAGACAGAUUUCGAAGCCAAAUCCUUCAACACUUUGGAUCAAUGCCUGAGAGAGAGGAAAACCUUCAGGCAACCCCUAAUGGACCUGCUUGGUGUUGGUGGCUUCUUGCUGUUCUUCCCGUAGAUCCUCGAUAUCAGCUGUCAGUGUUGUCAAUGAAAUCUUUGGAGGAGCGGUUGACGAAGAUACAGCAUAUACUGACCUAUUUUUCUAGAGACCAAUCGAAGUAACUGUGCUUGGAUCUUAAAGUUACUCUGAUCUGGCUGUGUUGAUGGCCAGAUUAUCCGCUGCCUUUGCACAUCCAGUGCUGGUUUAAGAAAUGUAAUGAAAUGGUUUUUUGUUUCCUUCAACCUCCUGAAUCUUGGAUCUGCAAAUGAAUACCUUCAAUUAGGAUUUAGACCACUAAUAACUUGCACAGUAAAACACACACUGAAUGUGUGUCAAACCUCUACAUUGUGAUGAAGUUGCACUAUGUAUCAUACUCUUAAAAUGAACUAAAUGCUUUGUGUAUGUAUGUAGUGUGUGUGUGUGUGUGUGUGUGUGGUUGUGUGUGUGUAUGCGUGUGCACGUGUGCGUUCACAUGUGUGAGUAGUAUGUGUGCUUUUUCUCUGGCUUUAAAAUUUUAAAAGAAAAAAAAAAGCCAUAGAGAGCAGAACUUGCUGAGGGCCAUUUAUUGCCCAUGUUUACAACAGUAGCGAUACAAGUUUUUGCAAAUUGAAUUUGCCUCAGAUUUAUCUGUCCUAAUGCUUUUAUUUGCACAAGUAUGUAAAAUAUGGUACCGAGUGUCAUUUUUUUGUUGGAAAUACUGCUCUUGCUGAACUGUCUUGACCAUUGACUAUGACACAGUUUCUUGUUUAUGUAAAUAUUUGCAUCCCAGUGCUCCGUAGACAUUGGAUGCAAAAACCUAGAGCCAGUUUUCAGGAACAAUUGCAAACCUGACAUGGUACUGUGCAUCUAUUCAUAUAACACUUAAAACUGUGAAAAUAUGGUUUACAUUUAAUUGUACAUAAAGGUAAGUGGAGAACUUGAUUCAGUAGCAGUUAGCUUGUACGUUUGUAGGGGCUUCUUGCAUUAACUGCCCAUCUAUGUAAUUUAUAGUUUGACAUGAUGUGUUUGUUUAAAAAAAUUACAUAGUAUAAACCCACUAAGGAUCUGAGGGAAGAAAAGAAGCUUAAUGUAGAACUAAGCUCUUACAGUUUGUUUUAUUUUAUUAAUUCUGGUCUUGGUGCAGAUGUUAGUUAUGCCUUAUUCAUAUCACAAUUAGGUCACCAUGCUGUGGCAUGGUGUGUACUCAUGCUGCCCUAGAUACUUUUGUAAUUAUUUGUUGCAAACUUGUGACUGUCCCUAUUAACUUUCUUUUAUGUAAGUACUUUGUAAAAGUUUCUUAAAAUUUUUGCUUUUGCUUAUUUAAUUUUGAA